AUGACACUACCCAACCUACCCAACUACUCUCCGCGGCCAUCUUCCCACCGCCGACCAGACCCUGUGCCGUCGGGCUCCCUCCUGGACUUGGUUCACUCGCAUCCGCUAUCGCCAAUGAUUCGACGAGCCAUGAUGGCCUUGUCAUCACCUUCAGGCACUGUUUUUGGCAGUGGAUUCGUGUUUCCUACCAAGCGGGAACUAGCCAAAUUGAUUGCUCAAGCCCAAGCCCCGGCGUUUGCCAAGGUGACUCCUACGCUGCUUGUGCUAUUGACGUUGCAUUUCAAGCUGCUUCGGUACGUGCGCGACCUGAGCCACCGGAUCGGUGAAGCCCUCGCGCGGGGCUGCUCUGCGCCCACGAGCAGCAGCAGCACUUGCAGCAGCAGCAGUCCGAUCUCCAUCAAGAGCUGCGACUCUGACGACGAUGACCGAAAGGUCAAGCGCGCCCGCCUCGCCCGGCAAUCGAACGAGUUUAUGACUGCAUGGUUCCUGGCCCACAAGGCCAAUCCGUACCCCACGGCGAAGGAGCGAGCCGAAAUUGCAUCUAUGACGCACCUGAGCGACACCCAGGUAAAGAAUUGGUUUGCCAACAUGCGAAAACGACAUUGGAAGCCCCCGCAACCUGAGAAGUUGCCACGCUGCUUAAUGGACGUGAUGUUGCGACGCGACCCCACCAACCAAGGGUAG